AUGCCCCCACCACUUCCCACACAGGGUUGGCCUCGAGGCCCUAUGAAUGAGCUUCAUUUGGCCGCGAUGAACGGCUCCUCUGAGCGCGCACUAGCCUUGCUGUCGAGCCGAGACCCGAUCGAUGUCAACCAAGGAGACUCGGCGGGCUGCACCCCGCUCAUGCUGGCCACCACAAACGGCCACCCGCGAGUUGUCAGGAUCCUGCUGAAUCAUGGGGCCAACAUGUCCAUCGUCGAUGACGUCGGUAGCGAUGCGCUACUAAAGUCGGCUGUUGUAGGGCACUCGGCUGUGACCAAGAUGUUGGUGAAGGCGAGUGCUAACCUCGAGGCGGCUGAUUUCGACGGCGCCACACCGCUUCAUCUCGCUGCGACAUGCGGGAACUCGGAGGUGAUGAGAGUGCUGAUCGAAGCAGGCGCGGAGGUCGACAGCCGCAUGACCACCGGGUCGACGCCCCUCUGCACCGCGGCUAGUUUCGGGCACACCAGCGCGGUGAUCCGGCUGAUUCACGCGAAUGCGGACCCGCUGUUGGGCAACGUGUUACCUACCAUCAACAGGAGGAGUCGGCUGGGAAUCGAACGCUGCGGCGGUGAAAGCCGCGGUGUCGACGCGCUCUGCCUGGCAGUGAAGGGGCGGCACGUGGGUAUCGUGGCCAUGCUGGCGCACGCCGGAGUGGUAGACAAGGGCAGUGCCCUGGCCGCCGCCGCCGCACAAGGGUACGAAGCAUCCGUGAAGUUCCUGCUGCGGCAGCACGAGGGGAAACCCUCCGGGAGUGGAAGCGCUUAUGUAAACAAGUUCAAUCGAUUCGGCCUGACACCCUUGCUAGAAAACAUCAACUGCGGCCACUGUUCUGCGAGGAUUGUUCGGUUGCUCGUGGAUGCCGGCGCGGACACGACUGCCGCCUUUCGACUCACCGGUAAGAAAGGGCAGGCGAUAGCGGCAACCACGCAGCUCACCGCCAUGGAGUGUCUCGUCCUUGAGAAAAGGGCCAAAGGGGAUACGGGAGAGCAGCGGCACAACCUACAGGCCACCUUCCGAUUGCUGUUGCAAGUAGAGGCCGCUCAUGCCAUCUCCUGGGUGUGGCCGACCGGUUCCCACUCCGUCGACCGCCCUCCACGUGGUCAGAGCAGGGCUGAAGCACCAGUAAGGCUGACGUUGCCGAUGACGAGGAGGGAUACCGGGACGCGUCGCGCACUCUUGGGGGCCAUGUCAAGGUACUCGGGAAAGUCGAUGUACUCGCAGGGAGGUGGUGGAAAGCAGCAGAAGGACCCAUCUUGGAGUGUUAGGGCUGUCGCAUUGGCGCUAGUGCGGGGCAAUACCGGCCUUUCCUUCAUUCUAGGGGUGGAGUUCGUCUUCGUUCUGAUGUUCGGGGCAAUAGCGGCUGGUUGGCAUGGGACGGUGCAAGCGCUCUUCGCCAAGGAAUGGCUGGUCUUCCUUAGUGUGUUGAUCUGGGCGUGGUGA